CCGGAAGGCGUCUCUGGCAGGUCAAUGGCGGACGCGCUGCCAGAUUGCGUCCCGCUGUGGCGGGACUUCACCGACAAGCUGCUCAAGCCUCUCGCCUGGCCGUCCUUCUGGCAGGGGGUCUUGUUCGGCAGGGAGUGCAAUGGAGCCUCGCCUCAUGCAGCCCCGGUCGCCUUGCGACUGGCCCAGCCGAUGGAGGGUGGGCCAUCAUUGCUGCCGCUGACGCCCGGCUCGUCGAGCACCAUGCUGCCGCUGACGCACGACACCGUGCAGGGCGCGGCACAGCUGGCCGAGGAGCACAAGUACUUUCUCGGCGCCUGCCUCGCGAUUGCGCUGCUGCUGGCGCUCGCCGUGCGGCUGCGAGGCGCGCCUGCGAGGCUCUCACGAGGCGGCCAGCACAUGGUGCUCAACGACGAGGGCGGCGGAAUGCGCACGACGAGCGGCGGCAGCGGCGGCGGCUUGGCCCGCUUCUUACCAUGGGGGUCGGCCCCAGGAGGCAGCUCCGGGCCGGUGGGCAUCAUGGAGGCGGGGCUCCUUCCGAAGCCCGUGCAGGCGCCACCGCCAAAGUACUGGCUCGAGGCGCGGAAAGAAGACGCCGAGGUGUCCGAGCCAGCUCGGAAGGCGGCCGUCCCGCUGCAGAAGCGACGGUCUCACGACACGAGCGGCUCACCCGCACAGGAGUUGGCGGCGGCGGAGGCGGCGGCGGAGGCAGCGGCGGCGGCCAGAAAGGCGGCGGAGGAGGAGGAGGCGGCACUCAAGCAGGCUCAGAUGUAUGAGGCGAGUCGGAAGGCGGAGGCGGCGACACCGCGAGGCGGCUCGCUGCCGGUCACGGCGACGCCACGAAGCCGCCAGUCGUUUUCGACGCGCUUGUGAUUGAGGCUGUCGCCAGUGUCCCAACGGCGGGAGGGAGGCAGGGAGUAGCCGGCUACUUGGACGGGCGCUUUGGAGCAGGUCCAGGCGGUGUGCGGCGGCCAAUCAGAGGAUAGCCGGGCACGGACUCGGCCCGCCUUACGCGGGCCUCUUGGUGCUCGUUUGAGCCCCCUCUGGAGCGGGUCGCUCUGUGUCUGUCUUGCGAGAGGCUUCUAGGCGUUGUCGACGUGCGUGAGGAGUGGGAUCCGAGUCAAGAGUGGAGAGAGAGAUGUAGAGGGAGUUCUCCGAGAGAGAAAUCUCAGAUAGAGAAUUAGAGAU